AUGAAUCGGUCGACGCGCUCUGCUGACCGCGUCAAGACCUUACAGCAGCUGACCAGCGAGGAACAUGAACGGAAGAAAAUCAUCGCCCUUGGAACGUUCUGCAAGCAAAUUCAAGGUGACCCCUUCGGCAUAUACUUCUCGUGGGCGGGAAACGUUGCCCACCCAGAAGACCAGAGGAUGUUCGACAUAAUCGAACCGCUCUGCAGAGAGCUGGCAUCGGCAGUGAUAAACGACAACGACGAGGUGCGGCUAAUACGAAAGCUCCUGGAAGCGAUACCUGUCACUCCCCUUGGCAACGUGCCUGCUAUCAUGGGGUGCGCGAAAACGCACUGUGCAAUCCGGGACACCCCGCGAGAAUCGGUCCUCACAUUCCAUUUGGCAGGGAAGAGCGUGAGACUCAUGCAAUGCCUCAAUAUUGAUGCAGCCGACGAAGAAUCAUACAACAAAACCCUUCGAGCGAAGAAGUCCAUUGACGCGACGGUGGGUCAACUUGCUGAUCCGCCCAUGUCGAUGGAGGUUACCCAGUAUGUCAUGGCUUCAUUACUCACACAACGGCAGACCUCAUCAGCAGGAUCCGACGAACGAGGCGUCCCUGGAGGUGAGGACACCCCUCGCCGUGGUAGCAGCGCGAACGCGCAGCGCCCCCUUUACUACGCGCUACGGUCGUCAGCGCAAGAGCAUUACUGGCUUCACAUGAAACCAGAGGAGCGAAAGGACACACGUCAAGCGGCAACGGAGACCCUAGUUGACGGCCCUUCAGGAGAUUCGCGGAUAAGAUCCAAUCUGGAUCUCGUAAAGAUCAACUGGCAAAGAACCUGGAAUAGCAAAAAGUGGCAUCCAGACUUCUUCCGACGCUACAUCCUCGACCAAGAAUCCGCGAAGAAUGCAUGGGAGUAUGUCCAGGAGGACAUAUUCGUAGUAACGGACAAGAAUCGCCGCGUGAUCUUCGCAAACAUCGAAAAGCUCUCCCAGCUCCUCUUCGGCGACCACGCCACGGACGUGUUGCAGCGCUGCCUCGACAUGUGGUCCUUCUUCACGCCCCUUCCCGCGCCGGAGUCCAGCCGGCACGUCAUCGACGGACACAUCCGAAAGCUGGACCCGGAGCUGGACCCUUCCGAGGCCACCGUCGACGACCUGCCCAAUGCCAAGAUGGCCGUUGCCCACUACGGGUGCUGGGCGAAGACGGGCGGUCCUACGGGCCUGAGACCCGUCCGCACGCAGGACACGCGGUUCUCGCGAAACCCGCACCAGGACUACUCCAACCUGCUGUUCCCGACCUUUGCUCGGGCGGCGCUUGGGAAGGCGUCGGCGAUGAUCCGGUUUAUGAUCAAGCCCCUGGACCCGGCCCACUACAGUGAAUGCGCUGAGAUCUUCGCCAAUAUCGCGGACGGCAUCAAGGUGCCUGUCGAUCCCGACGAUGAGGAUAUCUUUAGUCUGUAUGCUCUGGGCGUGAAUGGCUAUACGCAGCGGCACCGGGACGGGAACGACAUCAAGGGUGGGUUGGCGGGCUUGUGCACCCUGGGGAGCUACACAGGUGGCCAUCUCUGCAUACCCCAGCUCGGACUCAAGGUGCCCUACCAGCCCGGCACAUGCGCCAUCAUCCGCGGCACGGCGCUGGAACACCUGGUGCAGGACUACUCGGGCCAGCGGUUCUUCAUCAUCGGCACGAAUCACGAGAGCAUGAAGCAGAACGCCUGGAGGCGCGUGGGGAAGCUGGAGACGAUGCAGCCCUCGAGACCUGGUGCUCAUGAGCCGGGUGCGGUGGAAUCGGAAGAAGGAAAAGGAGAAGCGGAAGGGGAGGGAGAGGAUGAAGAGGAGAUCAUGACGACGACUUGUGUACACCCCGGCGAUGAUCAGGAUGAUCACAGACAGUACUCCAAUGAGGAGCUUCAUGGCCCGGCUGUGUUGAGGGAGCCCUAUGUGCGAGGGCUGUAG